AUCUAACUACCGUGUGGAGUGCUAGUCAGACCCUCUCUCUAUUUCCUUCGUCCAGAAGAAAACCAGAACUAGAAGUUCGAUCUGUCAUCUCAUCUUACACACACAUACUCUCUCUCCCUAAUUAUCAGUAACGAUGCAAGAAGCAGAACUCCAAGAUUUGGCUGAUGAUGCCGAUUACGCUGUAGCUAUCGCAUCUGAGAAACCGGCACCCAAAAGUAUUACUCGAAUGGAUAGCAAAAAGAGCGAACCAGAUGGAGCUGAACUUGUUUAUUUGAAGGAUAAUGUGACGAUUCAUCCAACUCAGUAUGCAUCUGAAAGGAUAAGUGGUCGGUUACGGCUAACUAAACAAGGGGCUUCUGUAUUUUUGACAUGGAUACCUUACAAAGCUAGCCCUAGUGGUGCUGAUUCAAUGUUUCAGAGUUCGAACCCGAAUUUACUAGACAGAGAUAGAAGUUUAUACACUAUUAGGGCAGUUCCUUUUACUGAUGUGCGAUCUAUUCGUCGGCAUACUCCUACUCUUGGCUGGCAGUAUAUAAUCGUUGUCUUGUCAUCUGGACUUGCAUUUCCACCGCUUUACUUUUAUAAUGGAGGUGUUCGGGAGUUCCUUGCUACACUAAAACAACAUGUUUCCCUUAUCAGGUCCGCAGAUGAUGCCAAUGUGUUCCUCGUGAAUGAUUUUCAAGAUCCUCUUCAGAGAAGCUUGUCUUCGUUGGAGCUUCCUAGAGCUCUUUCAAUUGCAAAUAGUGCAUCUACCUCAGUAAUUCCGGCCCCUUCUGGUGAAACCUCUGCUAGGACGGAUGAUGGUCUCAGUAUUAUUCAGCAUACGGGGAGGAGACAAAAGGUUAACGAUCCUGCACGUGAUAUUUCAAUUCAAGUGCUGGAGAAAUUUUCACUUGUGACCAAGUUUGCUCGGGAUACUACCUCUCAACUUCUCCGGGAAAUUCAAAGUGACACUUUCAGUGCGAAUGACAGAAAGAACCGUAUCCCGGCUCCUCUCUCAAAUAAUAUUACUGAACCAGAGAAUAGCAUUGCAAGCGUUUCAGAUGAAAUACCGGUGGCUGCAGAUCCUCAUGAGGUUGAUAAGAUCUCGCUGGUUUGGGGUAAACCACGGCAAACUCCUUUAGGAGCUGGAGAGUGGGCUACUUUCUUAGAUGCUGAAGGAAGAAUCUUGGAUUCAACAGGGUUAAGAAAGAGAAUAUUUUAUGGAGGAGUCGAGCAUAGACUGCGAAAAGAGGCCUGGAAAUUCUUGUUGGGCUACUAUGGUUAUGAUUCGACAUUUGCUGAGAGGGAAUAUCUAGCUUCAGUUAAAAAAGAAGAAUAUGAAACAAUGAAGCGCCAGUGGCAGAGUAUUACGCCAGCACAGGCAAAAAGAUUUACAAAGUUCAGGGAGAGAAAAGGCCUCAUUGAUAAGGAUGUGGUGAGAACUGACAGAACUGUCUCAUUCUAUGAUGGAGAUGACAAUCCCAAUGUGAGAAUUCUACGAGACAUACUGUUGACUUACUCGUUCUACAACUUUGAUCUUGGUUACUGCCAGGGUAUGAGUGAUCUCUUAUCUCCGAUAUUGUUCGUAAUGAAAGAUGAGCAAGAAUCAUUUUGGUGUUUUGUUGCACUGAUGGAAAGGCUUGGACCUAAUUUUAAUCGUGACCAAGCUGGCAUGCAUUCACAGUUGUUUGCAUUGUCAAAGUUGGUAGAGUUGCUAGACAGUCCGUUGCACAACUAUUUCAAGCAGAAUGAUUGCUUAAACUACUUCUUUUGUUUCCGCUGGGUGCUUAUACAAUUUAAGAGGGAGCUUGAAUAUGAGGAAACAAUGCUUUUGUGGGAGGUGUUAUGGACGCAUCAUCUAUCCGAGCAUCUUCACUUGUACUUGUGUGUAGCAAUUCUGAAGAGGCAUCGAAAAAAGAUAAUGGGUGAGCAGAUGGAUUUCGAUACAUUAUUGAAAUUCAUCAACGAGCUAAGUGGUCACAUUGAUUUAAAUGCAGCCCUAAGGGACGCAGAGGCAUUGUUCUUCUGUGCAGGUGAGAAUGGUGAAGCAUGCAUUCCCCCCGGCACGCCCCCAUCCUUGCCUGCUGAGGACACGUCUCUGAUGUACUCUCAACAGGAUGCCGAUGAAAUACUGUAGGUAUUUAAGAAGAGAGAUCAUUAGUACUUACUUCCAGUAAGAUCUGUAAUUAUACUGUGACUAAUUUUAUACCAGUAUUUCAUCGAGCCUCUGGUUAUCACUGCAAUUCUUUCAGUUACCAAGUGUAUAUCUUAAUAAUAUAAUUGCACGUUUUUCAUGUUGUA